AUGACAGAACCAGAUAAUUCAAUUAUAAAAUCACCAAAAAGAGAACAAGAAUUAGUUAAAGAACCAGUGAUACCUUCUACACCUGAAAGAAAGAAACGUUCAUCAUCAAUUACAUCAGAUUCUAAUAAUAAUGAUGAUAAAAAACAAGAAGAUAUAAUACCUCAAACACCUCCAUCUCAAAGAAGGAAAUUAUCAAUUGGUAAUUUCCAAUCACCAGGUGAUCUUAUACCAAAUUUACCACCAACUACACCUUCAUUAAAUUCAUCAGGUAAAUUUAGAUUAUCAAAUGUUCCACAAACUCCAUUUUCUGGUAAGACUAAUACAGAUUUAACAACAUCACCUUUAAAAUCACCAUCACAAUUUCAUAGAGAUGAUCAAGAAGAAUUAGAAAAACCUCCAAUUAGACAAAUUUCUUCAACUUUAAAAGCAAGGUUAAGUUAUGCAUUUGUUAAAUAUCAACAUGGUUGGGCUAAUCAAUCUUUAGAUGAAUUAGAAAAAAAUGUAAUGAAUAAAGAUUCUGAUUUAGAUGAACCAUUCCAUGAAUUAGUAUCUUCACAGAGAAAAGGGGAUCCUAAAACAUAUGAAGAAUUUUGGGAUAGUACACAACAACAACAACAGAAUCAUCUUCAAGUUAAAUCAUCACCACGUAAAAAUAAAUCACCAUCAAAAAUUACAAAACCAAAUUCAAAUAAUUUACUUAAAUCCCCAACAAAGAUUAAAAUUGAUCAUUCUCUUCAUAUAAAUGAAUUUGAAAAUGAUGAUGGUUCAGCAAAUAGAGCAUUUUUACAAGCUAUAUCAAAAUCAAGAUCACCUAAAAAAAGACCAAAUUUACAAACCAAUUUAAGAAUAGAUGCAAAUAAAUUUCAACAAGAUAAGAAUCAAAACCCUGAGGCAGAAGCUAUAGAAAGUUUAAUGUCAUUAUCAUCACCUCAAAGUUUUAAAUCUAAAUUAGAAUUAAAUACUUCAAAUCAACAACAUUUACCAAAGCAAAAAUUAUCAUUUGGAGAAAGUUUAUCAAGUCAUUCAAAUUCAAGUUCACAACAUCAAUCAGUACCUAAUAAUGAUAAUGCUAUUGAAACUGAUAGUGAUACAGAAUAUGAAGAAUCAAAUACUACGGAUGAAGAAGAUAUUUCAACUCAAGAAUUAUCUCAAACUUCACAAGGUUCUCAAACAAUACAACAACCUUCUUCAAAUGAUACGAAUGCUGAUACGAAUGUUGAAACAGAUGAAGAAGUUGAUAUAAGGACUGAUAGUAAUCCAGAUUCUUAA